AUGGCUGAUUCGAAAUCUCCUUAUUACCUUGGUUUGCAAGACAACCCCGGCUUGGUCAUGACCCCUAUCGUCUUGAAAGGGGAUAACUAUGAUGAAUGGGCCAAAGCUGUGAAAUACGCGUUCCGAGCAAAGAAGAAAUUAGCUUUCCUUGAAGGAAAUGUGACAAAACCUGGUGAUGAUGCCGGCGAAUUGGAAGAUUGGUGUAGUGUGAAUUCCAUGUUGGUAGCAUGGAUAUUCAAUACCAUAGAACCAGGGCUCCGGUCUACGAUCUCCUAUAUGGAGACAGCAAAGGAACUGUGGGAAGAUCUUCGGGUAUGGUUCGCCAUCGGGAAUGAUCUGCGGAUUCACCAAUUGAAGAGCAACUUGGCCAAUUGCAAACAGGAAGGUAUGACUGUAUCCGCAUAUUAUGGGAAGAUGAAGACCAUGUGGGAGGAGUUGGCUGGGUAUGUGAAGAACCCACAAUGCACGUGUGGUGGAUGCAAGUGUGGAGCGGCGAUUGAGCUGACGUUGGAGCGGGAAAAGGAGAAAAUUCAUCAAUUCCUCAUGGGUCUUGAUAGUGCAGUUUAUGAGGCUGUAGGAUUUGCUGUGCAAACUGGAAAUAGAACCAAAUCUCAAAACAAGGAUGAGAAGACGUGCUCUCACUGUGGGAAAAUUGGACAUGAGGUACUCGAAUGCUUCCAGCUUGUAGGCUACCUAGAUUGGUGGUUUACAAGCAAAGGAGGUCGCUCUGGUGGUCCUGGAGGACGAGGAGGUCGAGGCACGGGAAUCGGAAAAGGUCGAGGAGGAUCUGGUUCAGUGGCAGCCAAUGCUAUCCAGACACCAGGAAACUGCGGCACUAGCACCACUGCUGCGACUGUACGGACCAGCGAUAAAGCUGGCUUUCCUAGACUUGAUGAUGAACAAUGGGCAACAUUAAUGGCGAUGAUCAAUUCACACAAGGAAUCCACUUCAGAAAAAUUGACGGGUAAGAAAAUGUGGUUGAUUGAUUCAGGGUGUUCUCAUAAUAUGACUGGGACUUUGGAGCUAUUGAAAAAUGUGCAUGAAAUCGCUCCGUGCGCCAUUGGACUCCCUGAUGGAAAGAAUAUGAUGGCGUUGCAAGAAGGAGAAGACCCCACUUCGAGGACAGUGAUUGGUGUGGGUGAGAAGCGUGAUGGGGUCUAUCUUUGGCUCUAUGUGGCAAGGACAAGUGCAUGCAGAGCUAAACAAACUCGUGAUGUGUUUCCUCUAAGUUCUAAUAAAGCUUCUGCACCUUUUGCCUUAAUUCAUUGUGAUGUUUGGGGACCAUAUCGUACUCCUGCUUCAUGUGGUGCUAUAUAUUUCCUGACUAUCGUUGAUGAUUAUUCACGGGUAGUGUGGAUUUAUUUAAUGGCAGAAAAGAGUGAAGUUGGAGCUAAUAUUGUGAAAUUUUGUGCCAUGGUAAUGACCCAAUUCGACAGUAAGGUUAGGGUGAUAAGAAGUGAUAAUGGGUCAGAAUUUGUAGCCUUGAGUAAUUAUUGUAAUAUUCAUGGCAUCAUUCAACAAACAUCUUGUGUAGGGACACCUCAGCAAAAUGGCAGGGUGGAACGCAAGCAUCGACACAUUCUGAAUGUUGCACGUGCUUUGCGUUUUCAUGCAAACUUACCGGGGAGUGACAAAGACAAGUUUGGUUCUCGAAGUCAAAGGUGCAUAUUUGUUGGGUACCCUUUCGGUAAGAAAGGAUGGAGACUCUAUGACUUAGAUACAAAUGAGUUCUUUGUAUCUCGUGAUGUUGUAUUUUCUGAACAUAUAUUUCCUUAUAAAGCUGUUGUUUCUGAAUCCCUUAACCCCGGUGUGGCUGAGCAACCGUCUGUCUGUAAUAAUGAUGCACAAUUCUUUGAUGACCAUGAGGCGAAUAGUGCAGAAAAUUCGAAUGAUGAAUCAACUCCUGAAGAAGAUGUGACUCCGGAAGCAAGGGGGAGUGGUGAAGAUCUUAAUGAACAGAGAGAAGGCAACGUGAACUUGGAAAGCAACAGUGAAGGAAAAAACCUUGGUCGAGGAUGUAGGGAAAGGCGUCCUCCUGAGAAGCUGAAGGACUAUAUAUGCCACACAGCGCAGCACAUUAACGACCCCCUCGCGGAUCAUGCCACAUCAUACCAUUCCUCAGGUGCGUCCUAUCCUAUUACACGUUACGUGACUUGUACUAACUUUUCUUUGAGACAUAGACAGUUUUUGACAGCUAUAACUGCAGGGAAAGAUCCCACAUAUUUUUCAGAAGCAAUCCGUGAGUCACAUUGGAGACAAGCCAUGAAGGAAGAAAUUGAAGCUCUCGAGCGCAAUGGGACCUGGACCCUUGAACCGUUGCCCCCGGGAAGUGAGCCAUCGGGUGCAAAUGGGUAUACAAGACCAAGUAUAUUCAGAUGGAACGAUCGAAAGACACAAGGCAAGAUUGGUGAUUUUAGGGAACAACCAGAAGACCAGGAUAGACUAUAA